UUGGAGGAAGGGGAAGCUCCCUCUCACCCUCCUGAUCAGCACCAUACCACCUACAAAACAUCUCUGCAGCUGAACCAUACCAUUUUAUCCACGCUAUCCACAAGCACCUUUACUGUACCUCUUGUCAUAAGGGAGAUCAGUUCCUCUACACACCACAGACCAAGCUUACGCACUCUGCCUGACAUCCUGUGGGGUUCCAGUCUGAGCUGCCUCAGGUCACGGGCACUCUCGCAUCAGCCUCUGCUCCUCUCACACGCCUCGCUGCUGGAUCCACUGGCGAGUUCCAGGAGAAAUAUCGGAGGAUGAGAGGAAUCAGCCUAAUUGUCUUCACUGCCUCUUGUUGGGCCUUGAACCUUGGAUAUAAAUGUGACAACAAAGAUUUGAAGUGUAAAGUGGACUAUUUCAAGCAGAUGACUUGCUGCUGGUCACAAAAUGUUUCCCGAAGCGAUUCUCCAUGUGAAGUGCGAGUGGAUGAAUUCAAGGCCAAUGAGAAAGGUUUCCCGAAAACAUGCACCCCAAAAAAUGAAACAGUCAGGAGCUGCAACUUCACCAUGGACUACUUCGCUGCUGCUCAGAUCUUCAAUGUCACACUGCUGUGCUCCAGAAACGGGUCAAAAUAUGAAGCUGCAAAGAUUUCCAGAUUUUUUCCAAAGCAUAACAUUCAGUUCCAGCCACCGUACAACUUGAUCGUGGUCAAUAACACCGACACCAUGACAGAACUAUCCUGGAAGACUAACUACGAAGCUUUUUUCUCUGAUAAAAUGGAAUUCGAGAUUCGAUACAAACUUGAGAGUGACCAGUGGAAAAAUGCCAAGAAGCAUCUGAUUCAGCACAAUGAACGAAGACUACGGAUUGACUCAUCCAAUUUAAAGCCCGAUUCUUCCUACGUGACGCAGAUCCGCGUUAAGAUUUUCGACAAUAAAAGGGGCGACUACAGAAGCAUUUGGAGCAAAUGGAGUCAAAUAUUGAAGUGGAAAACAAAGAAAUCCAAAGCUGCUGCUGGUAAAUUGAAUACUACGCUGUCGGUCUGUCUCUCACUGAGUGGAAUUCUGUUUGUAGUCGCCAUUUUGGUCAUUAGACAGCUAGCAGUGGGAAGAUCCAGAAUGAAGACCCAUCGUUGGCUUGCCAUACCAGAUCCAGGCAAAUUCUUUUAUGAGUUGAACUCAACCUAUGGUGGCAACUUCCAGAAAUGGCUUGGGACAAAAAUCCCAGCGUCCUUCAGCAGCACAGAAGAGCUGAGCACAGAAAUCUCUUCACUGGAGAUAUCAGAAAUCAAAGAUUCACAAUCAUUCCUCAAACAGAAUUUCAUCUCAGACAGCAGCGGCUUCAAGAGUAUCAGCGACUCUUCCAUGUCCAGCUUUGCCAACCAAGGCUACUUCUGGUGCAAUUAUCCCAGCUCUUAUGAAGCGUAUCCUUGCAAAGUUUACUUCAGCUAUGACCGAGCUGAGCUGAGAGCUGAUAGCGAGAAAAGUGAAUCGUAUCGAUAUCUCACCUCCUCCAAUGAUUCCCUCUAUGACAGCAGUCUGCAAUACUCUCCCUGUACUUUUUCCAUAGACAAGCAGGGGUUUGACUUGGAUUGUGAAGAGUCCCUGUCUCACACCGCUGUGGAUGCUUCUGAGGAGGAAAUAGACAGACCACCAAGAGAACAUGAAGCUCCAACUUGUCUACCAUACCCUGAUCAUCAGGCAAGCCAUGGACACUCAGCCAAGGAAAGCCACGUCCCUCUCAAUGGUGUCUCCCAAUUCCCCGCCUUUGGGUCCUCAGAUUGCUUCUUUGAGCCCCACAUUUUGUUGGCGAAUGACGAAAGUGCCGGCAGAUUUGCCUCCAAUGGGUCAAUGUUUGAAAAGGCUCAGGCAGGAGCCCUGCCUUCAGGCACGCCUUGUUCUCAGGAUGGCUUAAUCCAGCAAAACCCCAGUGUGUUUAAGACCACGUCUCUGAACCUGGUGCAGUCAACUGAUGCAUACCUCUCCCUUAAUGAAGUUCGGAGCAAGUACAGUAACCAGUCAAUAUAGGGAUGAAAUCAAGGUACCUGCUCCUGUGAGUUCUGGUAUUAAGGUCCGUCAACCAAGUAGCUUCAACUUCAGGUCUUCUCUUGAAGGACUUUGCCUCUGCUUUUGAGAUGAGGUCUUUUAAUAUGUUUCCUUUUUAUAUUGGUUCCCAUACCUUACUUUACCUGAGUUGAGAAGGGCAAAUCAGGCUCCAUCAGAACCACCAUCAACAUCAGCCAGCAGAAGAUAUACUUAAACUGGACAGGGAGAAAGUUAACCUUCAACUUCUUCACUGAAGAAUUUGUGCUUCUUUAUUGGCUGUGCACGGAUCCUUUGCUGCUGCUUAUUAACGUAUCUGACUGGAAAAUUAAAGAACCAGUUGGCAUCAGGUGACUAAAAUAUAACAUUGGAUGGACAAUACAGAAAAAGAAAAGAUCUUUGGUGAUGAAGGAUAUAAUUUCUAGCAGGAAGCUGAAUGAACCAGUUUGAAAUUGGAAAAAGAAGCCAAUGUAAUGUAGCAACUUCUACGGUGUCAGGGCCCCAGGACGCCUGUAGCCAAUGCUUUUCAUGGAGAAUGUGGCAAGCAAUGAACCAUGCCAAGUUCCCACUAACACCAAGCUCCCACAAUGGGGGCGAAGCGACUUCAACUGACAGCUUGAGGGAUAGAUUUUGGCCGGGGAGCCCCUGUCUUUUCUCAGAAUCAGAACCCCCAGGACGUUUCACAUUCGGCAGGCAUUGUGUUUAGUGAUUCGUCAGCCUGUGGCUCCCAGGCCUUGCAACUGUCCCUCGGCCUCCGGGUCAUCCUGGACUCUCUCUGCUCAAGUUUCCGAAAUGGGAUUUGAACCCGUGACCUUCCGACCUAGAGCUAGGAGUGCAACCCGCUGAGAUACAAUUGCCAUUCAUCCCAACCUGAAGGCCUGAUUGACAAAGGACAGAGUCCCCGGCAACUGGUCAGCUGCUUGGCAACUAGGCAUCAGGGCAGGGGGCAAAGGUCAGACAGGCCAGGGAACACCCGCCCUGAUCAGAAGGCUCACCUUGACUCAACUACACAAUACAAAUAAGGACUAACCAUUUCGUCAGUGAACUUAUCAUUUGCCGGUUAUGUCUUAUGUUUAUUUGCCCAUUGCAAUGAGACAAUUUCAAAUGGGAGGCAUUACAGGAUGGUAGAUAUGUAACGCACCAUUUGGCAAGAAAGUAGAAGAGAUCUUUCACUUUCACACCCAGCCAGGAAUCCUGAGGAGAUGUUACGGUCAGAUCAGCUCUACUAAGGCAGGGACCACGCUCAAGAGGCUGAAUGGCUGACUCUUCUCUUACUUUGUACUUUUGUACGUCUAUUACAUUGCUGCUCAGAAAAAAGACUUGUUGUCACGUCCUCGCUCAGCAGAGCGUGACGAAAUGGCCUCACUGCCUAACUUCAAAGAAAGCAGAACAAUCAGGGAUAGAGAGAAACAGAAAAAAAACUUCAGAGGGAACAUCAGUCUCCCUUCAUUGAUUCUUCACGUUGAAUUUUGUAUUAAUUUCUUAGCCUGCUCAUCAACAUAUCACUGGAGAACCUAUACAUGCAACAUAUCUUCCAUAGUACAAGUGCCUAGAAUGUUGAUUGUAUAAUAUGUUGUAUUUUAUCAUUGCUCAAUUGAAAAACUUGUUUCUCUGCACUGAAAUGCGAUAAGAACCAUUUCCCUGCGUUGACUCUUGCAUCUGAUGCGAUCUCUGCAUUGGGGUCCACAGCAUCUCAUUCCCAUUCAACGUGCCUUUUGUUGUAUAACAAGGAAUUGGAUUGUUGUCCUGGGAAGGCCAUCUCUGGGCACUGUGGGACAACAUGGUCUUCACACCACAGUGCUGGCCUGGUAAGUAAGUCCCAUCAUUGCCCUGCAACCUUCCAUUACACGCACACCCACAUUGUUGCUCUCUGUUCCCAAUCUCAAUCACUGCCCUGACCCUGUGAUCCUCCGGACCCCCAGCCUCCUCACCUCUGGCCCCUUAAAUCCUCUUGAUCUCCUGACUGUGACUCCAAGUCCCCAAGCUGCAACCCUUCCCAACUUAGUCGGGACCCCCCCCCCCCCACAACACAUCCAGACCUCAGUCCUAAUUUCCUCCCCUCCAUUCUUCAGCCCCAAUCCUCAAUAUCCCAAUCUUCCUCAGCUCCCAGUGCCCCCCCAUUCAAUCCUCAACCCCAAUCUUCACCCUGGUCCCAGGCAUUUGCAUAUGUCUUCCAAGCUCUUCUCCAAACCUACCCUGCCCUCAGAUCCCAGUCAGGGUCUUGGUGACUGGCCUCCCCUCUCCCCUAAAUUUGACCACCCCCAAACCUGGUCUCAGUCCUGGGUGAUACCCUGAUACUUCCAUUGAGAUCCUCAGUGGAGGAGCCAGCUAGGAGUAUCAUUCAUUAUUGAGCAUUGAGGAAGUGGUAGGAUGAAGG